CGUAUCUCACUCUUUCAACUUUCUUCCGCCAUCGAUUUUGCUUUUCCGGAAGGUAAUUUUGUGAGCAAGGUUUGCUUAGACUCACCUUGUUUCGAAGAAUGUCUCGAUCUCCUCCGAUUGAUGCACUAUUGAACGAACCGCUGAAAAGAGCUCUGAAUGCCUGAACUCAUUGAUUUUUUACAAAAUUUAUGGCUCUUGAUCGAUAAUGUCUAUUGUUUCCGGAAAAGUCAUUCUCGCUUUUCUCGCAUCCUUCUGGCUCUGUGAUCGGGUAGCUGCAAAUGACAUCUACGAUGUCAUCAUUAUCGGUGCUGGCUGGUCUGGUCUUGCUGCAGCGAAUCACCUCAUAGAAACAGGAAUCACCGAAAAUAUAUUGAUCCUAGAGGCAAGAGACCGUAUUGGAGGUCGCAGCUACACAAUAGAAGAUGCCUUCGAACCAGGACAUCCAGUUGAACUGGGCUCCGCAUGGGUCUAUCCCGGCACUAAUGUCUUCGACCUUGUCGAAAAGGUUGGAAUAUCACAUGAUUCGACGGAUUACGUCUUUGAUACUUUAGGAUUGUACAACUCUACCGGCGAACUUUCGGAAGACGAAAAAUCCAUCCUAAUUUGCCAAGAUUUCAAGGAGGAUUUUUACGAACAUGCGAAUAGAAAUUCUGGCUCUGAAGUGGAUUGGAUGGAUAUCAAAGAGAGCUACUUUGCUGAGAAUCCGUUCAUGACCAACUUGAAAAGGCAAUCCAUAAAUGCAUUGGUGCAUUCGGGUACGUGAGAAAUCGUUCAUUCGCGUCUCUUGAAUGCUGUCGUCGUCGGUAUUCUCACUUCAUGUUUGCAAUUGAAAACAGCGAUUACAAUUGAGUUUGGGAGUCCUCUCAACGACACAAAUUCCGAAACGACCAAGGACUAUCUCGUUUACGAUUUUAGCGGCAUCGAAUUUAUGGCAGUUCCAGGAGGAACUGGCGGGGGUUACACAGGAGCGUUAACUAGAGGCCUCGCCCAAAAUUUCGCUGAAAAGAUCAAGAUGAAUGAACCGGUUGUUACAGUCGAUCAGCAAGGAGAUAUCAUAAAGGCAUACACUUCAAAUGAUCGAGGUACGCUAAGCAUCAUUCUUUUCUGUGCAAUACCUAUGAACAAAGAAGGAUUUCUUUUUAUCGACAUGACCUGUUGUUGACGAAUGAGCACUGACAUUGUUUACACUUUUUUGUUCCGAAGUCUUUUAUGCACGUUCUGCUAUAGUCACAGUGCCAUUAGGUGUUCUAAAAUCUUCUAGUAUUGAGUUUGUUCCUCCACUCAGCGACGAGAAGCUAGAAGCUAUUGAUUUGAUUGGAAUGGGCAACAUGAAUAAGGUGAUUAUGUAUUGGAGUACGUUCACUCAAGAUGUUUCUUGGUGGCCACAAGGUAAAACCGAAAUGCAACUAAUCACUGAUGACGACUCUACAUCAGACGAAUGGACCUACUUCUAUAUAGACGAGUCACAUUAUGGGAACAAAAAUUACCAUGUGUUGACAUCUUGGUGCGGAGGCGAUGCAUGCGACCGACUUGAACUUCUAUCAGACCAAGAAACAAUCGAUCUUGUUCUUCGGAACCUUAGAAUGAUGCUUGGAAAUAACGUUCCCCCACCGUCCGAGCGUAUUAUCACUCGAUGGAGGUCCGACGAAUUUAGUGGUGGCGCUUACUCCUAUGAUGCAGGAGGUAUUGAAAGUAGUAGGUAUCGCAAGACGCUUUCCGAGCCGAUGGGAAACGUAUUCUUUGCUGGAGAGGCAACUGUUUCCAAUGGGUGGCAAGGUACUGCGGUUGCUGCCUAUACGAGCGGUGUCGAGGCUGCCAGAAGUGUCGAGGAUUCGGGAGUUCUCGAACAGCUGGCACCUCAGUUUCUCCCACAGUGGGACCUGCACGAAUACGUUCGUGCUUACACGACCGAUUACUCGUACGAUCCAUAAUUUGUUGGAGUUGAAGUGCGAUAAUUUAUUUCCACAACUGGAAAUGAAUCAAACGAAAGACA